AUGCUGCCCGUCCCGCCGCCACAGCUGCGCGAGGCCCGGAGCCGCGCGUGGGCGGCGUGGGGAACGGGGGGCCCCGGUGCCUUCGCAAGCGACCGGGGAAGAGGAAGAAGCGGGCGGGGGGGAGGUGCGGAGGCCGUCUGUUGCCACGGCGACAGCUUCAUGGCCGACCCCGACGGUGGCGGCCGCGAGGGGUUUGCGCUCAGCCCUCGCGGGCGUCAAAUUUCCGACGAUUUCUGCGAGGUGGCCGUUCUGGUCGACCCGCCGGGCGAGCUGGCGGUGAGGAGCGACGGCCGCCAGGGACGUCUGCGCGCAUCGUGGGCGCCUGCCCCGGGCAGCGACUUUGCGCUCCUCUUCCAGCUAUGCUAUGAGCGGGUGACGAAGGGCGGCCGCGCGACCCCUGAGCCCGCCGCCCCACCGCACGAGAAGACCGCGUACGACACUUGGGCGGAGCUGCACUUCCCCGACGAGGAGGCCGCCGUGUACAGGUUCCGCGUCAGGGCCCGGCCCUCGGACCAGAGUCAGUACGCAGGGCCCUGGAGCGAGUGGUCGCUGGCGGUGACGGCGGCCCCUCCGUUCGUCACCGGGAAGCUGGACGUCCGCUGCUUCACGGCCGACCUGCUGUCCGUCGUGUGUGAGUGGCAGAGCCCUCGAGCCGCCAACCUGAGCGACACCUCCUUCACGGCUUCCUAUCGACUCGGCGGGGGGCGAGCUCAGCCCUGUGCUGCUGAGUGGCAGUGGGAGGAGGAGCGGGACGAGGAAGCGGAGCGAGGCCCGACUUGGCGCUGCAGCUUCCCCGUGCACGAAGACAGCGCCGUGCUGGUGACCGUGAACGCCUCCAACGAAAACGGGCGGCACGAAGUGCAGCUAGGGCCCUUCCUCGUGCGUCAGCAGGUGCGUCCGGGCCCCCCCGUGAACGUGAGCGCCGAGCCCGACGGCUCCGGGGGCGACGUGACGGUGGCGUGGGGGCCGCCCAGCCAGGAGCUGAGCGAACACCUUCACUACGAGCUGCGCUACAUCGCCGACAACUCCUCCGUGUGGAAGCUCGUGAGUGUGGGCCAUGCCGAGGGAGGCCACCACCGGCUGCACAGCCUGCGGGCCGGGCCGGGCUACCUGGUGCAGGUGCGUGCCAGGCCCGACGGCGUGAGCCUCGCGGGAGAGUGGGGGGCCUGGAGCUCCCCCGUCAGCGUCAAGCCACGCGCCCCCACGGAUGGUGCCGCCUGGAUCAUCCGCGCGCUGGCGGUGGUGGCGCUGCUGCUGCUGCUGCUCAUGGCUCUGGGCGCGUCGCUCGCUCACGCCGGCAGAAUCAAGGAGCACGUGUGGCCUCCCAUCCCCAGCCUGGAGACUCACUUUGCCGGCCUCUUCCAGAGGUGGUUGGGCGAGUCGUACGAAGUCGGCUGCACAGUCACAGCCGACUCGAACGCGCAGGUCUGUGUCGUCGAGGUCCUCUCGGAGCUGACAGAGACAUCGCCCACGGCGGGGAGGAAGGAGUUGGGAACGAUGAAGAUCGCAGGGGAGACGGCAAUGAUCGACGUUUUCGAAGGAAAGAUUUUUGACGACCUCGGCAAGGAAAUCGAGCUCCCGCUUCUGAUCGAGUCCGCUCCGAGCCUCGUGCCAAAAUCCGUCACGGACCGGGGCGCCGGCAUCGGAUCCCCGCCGCCUCUACGCAACAACAACAAUAACAACAAGGACGCGAGCGUGGCCCGCCUCUUGCCGAAUGCAGCGAGGCUUGAGGACGACCUCUCAGACCGUCGGGCGUCCCCGGGCACCGGGGACAACGCGGCAUUGCCGCCGCCGCCGGGAGGAGACCGCGCAGACGAAACCUCGAGGACGCCGUGCCACGAGUACGUUUGGCACGGCCACGCGCCGUCUCUCUGGCCGGGGUCACCUUUCUCCAACGGGAAUUUCUCGAACCUCGCCUACGUGCCGCCGCUCGAGUCGCCGAGGCCUCCGGACGGCGCCGAUGCCGGCGGUGGUGGCGGCGUUGCCGUCGCCACGCUCGAGGCCGCGUCCACGUCCAGCCCGCGCUCCACUUUGCGGAGCUGCGAGGGCUCUCGGCAGCCGAGCAGUGCCAGCACCCCGCUGCUGGCGACGUCGCCGGGGCGUCACUCGUACGUGAACUGCGCCAGGCGUCCCGGCGCACCGUCGCGGACUGCGCCGUGCCGCCGGGACGCGAAGCUGCUGCCCUACGUGAACCAGUCGCUCGAGAGCUCCAUGUAGCGACCGACGCCGCGCUCGCCCGUCGCCGGCCGCAUUCCAUCUGCCGCGGUCGCCUGUUAGCUGCCGUGGUCAUCUGCCACUUUACCAGUUUCCAACUCAAACCUAGAGCUUUAUCCGAAUCCAGUGGCUGUAAUUUAGCGGGGAAAUCGAAAUCGGGGAUAACAGCAGGCGGCGGCAGUUCUCAAGGGAAGGGACUGGCUCACGGCACGGAUACCGUGCAAGAGAAAUAUUGGGUGUGCGGGAAACACCGGCGCUGCGUUGCGGCAAUCAAACGCAAAACAACAAACGCAUUGCAAACGCAAGAAGGACGCACCGUUUCGCAAACACGUUCUUUCACGUUAAUGCAUUGGUGACGCAGUGAAUGAGCUAUAUGAGUCAAAGUAAGCUAUGGGAUUUAUUCCAUCGCAUUACAGUUCUAAUAAGGACGCUACUCGCAGUACAGGGGGAACAGUGGUGUGGCGUGUUCAACUGCCGUGGGCCAUUUCAUAAUCAGAAUUUUUAUUUCUUCUGGAGGAAUAAAAUGAGCUAUAAAGCUAUUUUACACAGAUGUUAAGUAGGGGUGGGUCACUUGCCAUGGGUUGAGGCUUUUAUACCAGGAGGGCCCAAAAUAAAUCAAACAAAUCACAGCACAAGAUGUUGGUAAGUGGCUGUAACUUGGUAAGUCACUCAAUAUAAGUUAACGUAAAAUGGGAAUUUUGAGCACAAGUAGUCAUUGCUCCUGCUUCUGAACGGAAACCAAGGGGAGCACCUGGCCCGGCACCAUCGCCCCUGGCGACCGCCCGGCACCGGCACCGUCGCCCCUGGCGACCGCCCGGCACCGGCACCGUCGCCCCUGGCGACCGCCCGGCACCGUCGCCCCUGGCGACCGCCCGGCACCGUCGCCCCUGGCGACCGCCCGUGCUCUCGCUGCAGUGGCCCCCGUCAACGUGACGCUCGCCUCUCCGCAUCUCGUGACGUUUUGUGUCAGUCAAGGCGCGAGUACUCGUUAAGCCGAGAAAAACCACAACCGGCGCCGUCGUAUCAAGAACGAAACGAAAAUAAAUAAGCAGACGAGCGAAUCGCGUGCCUCCAGCCUAUGCGGACUGCGUAACACAUCUGUGUAAAUUUUUGGCGGUCGCUACGCUGCUGCUGCUGCACAUGACUGCCUGUAACCCAGCAACCGUGGAGGCAGCAGCAGCAGCAAGGGUUUGUGGAUCGCCGCACCCCAAUGCUGUGAACCUCCCUUCGUACGGGCGUUUGAAGAGGUGGCCGCACCCUAGCACGCCAGGAGGAGCUACAGCUACAUUCGGACUCCCGACAUUCGUCUGUGUGGGAUAGAGUCUUGUCCCCUCACUCGGGUGUGUUUUAUCCAGGUGCUCUGCUUUUCUCCCACACGUAAACACACGUGAGUUGCCCCAUAACACCGUCAUAUAUAGAGGGCUGCAGAACUUGGGGUGUAAUUUGGCGCUCUCUCAUCGCCUGGCUGCGGACUUCCCCCGCUCGUCUUUGGUUCGUUACGGGUAUCCCUCGCUUUGCACGGGUUCCCUUUCUACAGUUUCACAAAUACGCGGCUAACCUGUUGUUUCUAUCAAAUAUGAGCUCUACGUGGGUUGAAUUCACUCUCAUUUGGCGGCUAUGCGGUCGGGCAUGGGACAACACUGUGUACUGUGUGUACUGUGUAUGUACUGCGUGUGUACUGUGUACUGCGUGUGUACUGUGUACUGCGUGUGUACUGUCUGUAUUACUGCGUGUGUACAGUGUGUGUACUAUGUGCGUACUUGAUUUGAAGCUUUCGUGACUGCAGUAAUCCAUAUUCUUUGGUUCUUUCGGCAGUCACGUAGGUAGAAAACAUAAUAGAUCAUGACGUUUCGAUCGCAACAACAGCGACCGUCUUCUGAAAAAAGACGGUCGUAUGUGCGUACUGUGUGUGUACUCUGUGUAGUGUCGCAGAUUCUGGAGACGGAUCUUGGAGGCAACACUUGUUUAUUUAUAACACACAACAGUAACAGCCAGCUAUACAGCCUAGGAACACAGCCUACGGCUAGCGUGCCUGACACCGGCUACGCUCUCAGCUUCCUCCGACUAUGUAUUUCCUAGGGGAGGCUAUCUGACCCGACCUAGCUCGCUCGGACCCGGCCCUGAUAAGGACGUCGGGCCAGGGGUUCCCAGGGUCUUACCUAGCUUGCUCCGUCUUCUGUCUUCAACUGGCCCCGAGCCUGUAGAGAGGUCCGCCCUUUAUACACCUCCAAACCGAGGGGCGGGGUCCCGAGGGAUCGUAGGACACCCCGCAGCCCCCACCCGUUGGAGGGGCCCCGGGAGAUCACAGAACACGACACAGCCCCCUCCUGCUCCUGGGCGAGGGAUAUUGCGACUGCUCCUGCUGGACUGUGUCAGCCCCUACAGGUAGGUGUACCCAGUCCGUUCACAUCGCUACAUAUAGCCCAGAGGUCGCAAACGGGUUUUGAUUCCUUACCCGUACCCGGCCGCACCAGGGUCGCAAACGGGUACCCGUACCCGGCCGGGUACGGGUAGCCGGGUAUCGGGUAGGGUACGAGUAUCGGGUACCCGGUUGCGACCUCUGAUAUAGCCCAUACACGCCUCUACAUAUGUACUAUGUGUGUUGCGUGCACACUGUGUGUACUGUGUGUGUACUGUGCGUGUACUGUAAAUACUGUGUGUACUGCACAUGUACUGUGUGUACUCUGUG